AUGCUGCAGAUAAUAAUUGAAGGUGGCAUUAAAGAUACUGUAAAUAAUAUUGAAUCCGGAAUUCAAGAUGCUGCAGAUAAUAUUGAAGGUGACAUUAAAGAUACUGUGAAUAAUAUUGAAUCCGGAAUUCAAGAUGCUGCAGAUAAUAUUGAAGGUGGCAUUAAAGAUACUGUGAAUAAUAUUGAAUCCGGAAUUCAAGAUGCUGCAGAUAAUAUUGAAGGUGGCAUUAAAGAUACUGUGAAUAAUAUUGAAUCCGGAAUUCAAGAUGCAGCAGAUAAUAUUGAAGGUGACAUUAAAGAUACUGUAAAUAAUAUUGAAUCCGGAAUUCAAGAUGCUGCAGAUAAUAUUGAAGGUGGCGCUAAAGAUACUGUAAAUAAUAUUGAAUCCGGAAUUCAAGAUGCUGCAGAUAAUAUUGAAGGUGGCGCUAAAGAUACUGUAAAUAAUAUUGAAUCCGGAAUUCAAGAUGCUGCAGAUAAUAUUGAAGGUGGCAUUAAAGAUACUGUGAAUAAUAUUGAAUCCGGAAUUCAAGAUGCAGCAGAUAAUAUUACAGGUGACAUUAAAGAUACUGUGAAUAAUAUUGAAUCCGGAAUUCAUGAAGGUGGCAUUAAAGAUACUGUGAAUAAUAUUGAAUCCGGAAUUCAAGAUGCAGCAGAUAAUAUUACAGGUGACAUUAAAGAUACUGUGAAUAAUAUUGAAUCCGGAAUUCAAGAUGCAGCAGAUAAUAUUGAAGGUGACAUUAAAGAUACUGUAAAUAAUAUUGAAUCCGGAAUUCAAGAUGCUGCAGAUAAUAUUGAAGGUGGCAUUAAAGAUACUGUGAAUAAUAUUGAAUCCGGAAUUCAAGAUGCAGCAGAUAAUAUUACAGGUGGCGCUAAUAUUGAUACUGAUACUGUAAAUAAUAUUGAAUCCGGAAUUCAAGAUGCUGCAGAUAAUAUUGAAGAUACUGUAAAUAAUAUUGAAUCCGGAAUUCAAGAUGCUGCAGAUAAUAUUGAAGGUGGCAUUAAAGAUACUGUGAAUAAUAUUGAAUCCGGAAUUCAAGAUGCAGCAGAUAAUAUUACAGGUGACAUUAAAGAUACUGUGAAUAAUAUUGAAUCCGGAAUUCAAGAUGCAGCAGAUAAUAUUGAAGGUGACAUUAAAGAUACUGUAAAUAAUAUUGAAUCCGGAAUUCAAGAUGCUGCAGAUAAUAUUGAAGGUGGCGCUAAAGAUACUGUAAAUAAUAUUGAAUCCGGAAUUCAAGAUGCUGCAGAUAAUAUUGAAGAAACUGUAAAUAAUAUUGAAUCCGGAAUCCAAGAUGCUGCAGAUAAUAUUGAAGGUGGCAUUAAAGAUACUGUGAAUAAUAUUGAAUCCGGAAUUCAAGAUGCUGCAGAUAAUAUUGAAGGUGGCAUUAAAGAUACUGUAAAUAAUAUUGAAUCCGGAAUUCAAGAUGCUGCAGAUAAUAUUGAAGGUGGCAUUAAAGAUACUGUGAAUAAUAUUGAAUCCGGAAUUCAAGAUGCAGCAGAUAAUAUUACAGAUGACAUUAAUGAUACUGUAAAUAAUAUUAAAUCCGGAAUUCAAGAUGCUGCAGAUAACAUUGAAGGUGACAUUAAAGAUACUGUGAAUAAUAUUGAAUCCAGAAUUCAAGAUGCAGCAGAUAAUAUUGAAGGUGACAUUAAAGAUACUGUAAAUAAUAUUGAAUCUGGAAUUCAAGAUGCUGCAGAUAAUAUUGAGGGUGGAAUUAAAGAUACAGUGAAUAAUAUUGAAUCCGGAAUUCAAGAUGCUACAGAAAAUAUUGAAGGUGACAUUAAAGAUACUGUGAAUAAUAUUGAAUCCGGAUUUCAAGAUGCAGCAGAUAAUAUUGAAGGUGACAUUAAAGAUACUGUAAAUAAUAUUGAAUCCGGAAUUCAAGAUGCUGCAGAUAAUACUGAAAGUGGCACUAAAGAUACUGUAAAUAAUAUUGAAUCAGGAAUUCAAAAUGCUGCAGAUAAUAUUGGAGAAACUGUAAAUAAUAUUGAAUCCGGAAUUCAGGAUGCUGCAGAUAAUAUUGAAGGUGGCAUUAAAGAUACUGUAAAUAAUAUUGAAUCCGGAAUUCAAGAUGCUGCAGAUAAUAUUGAAGGUGACAUUAAAGAUACAGUGAAUAAUAUUGAAUCCGGAAUUCAAGAUGCUACAGAUAAUAUUGAAGGUGACAUUAAAGAUACUGUGAAUAAUAUUGAAUCCGGAAUUCAAGAUGCUGCAGAUAAUAUUGAAGGUGGCAUUAAAGAUACUGUAAAUAAUAUUGAAUCCGGAAUUCAAGAUGCUACAGAUAAUGUUGAAGGUGACAUUAAAGAUACUGUAAAUAAUAUUGAAUCCGGAAUUCAAGAUGCUGCAGAUAAUAUUGAAGGUGGCAUUAAAGAUACUGUAAAUAAUAUUGAAUCCGGAAUUCAAGAUGCUGCCGAUUAUAUUGAAUCAGGUGUAAAAAAUAAUGUAGAAAAUAUUGAAUCAGGCAUUCAAGAAGCAGCAGAUAAUAUUGAAUCUGUUGUUAAAGAUACUGUAAAUAAUUUUGAAUCUGGAAUCCAAGGAGCAGCAGAUAAUAUUGAAUCUGAUGUUAAAAAUACUGCAAAUAAUGUUGAAUCCAAAAUUCAAUCUGCAGCAGAUAAUGAAGAAACUGACGUUAAAGAACUUGGCAUUGAAGAUUCGGAAAUGAACAAUCAAAAUGACGUCAAUAAUAUGACUGACUAUAUUAAAUCUGACACAAAGGAUGCAGUUGAUAACACAGCAUCUACCCUAGAAAACACAGCUGAUGAAAUUAAGGACGGAGUUAAUGAAUCAAAUAAUAUUAAAUCUGAUGUUGCAAUUGAUAUAAAUGACACAUUUGAAAGUUCAGAAUAUAAAAUGAUGCCAACAUCUGAAACUAAAAAUAUUAAAGCUAACGAAAACGAACAUAUACAAUCAGACAAAAUUGAAACGCUUGCAGAUACUCAGCCAAAAUCUCACAAAAUUGACUCCAGCUUCACGAAAACAAUGCAUCUUCUCAAUUCCAACUUGCGAAAGGCUUACGGAAAAAUAAAUAAUAAAUUUGAAAAAAGCAAAACAGAUAAUAAAACGAGUAAUAAGAAACAUAAAACAGAAAUUAAAAAUUCAGAUCACAAGCAACCAAUUAUUUCUAAAGCUGCUUCUUUCCAAAAAAAUAAAUCUAGCCCGUCAAACGUAGAACAGAAGGAAAAAGAACAUCCACAAAAUUACAAGUACACACACGUUAAACAAGGCAAGCCAUCAGAAUAUAAAUUAUUAAAUAGAAAAAAGAGAGAAACUAAACAGGAUAUAACUAAUUCGCCUUCGAAUGGAUUCACUGAAGCAGAUAAAAUAGCCAAUCUGGCUUUCUUGUUGAAUGAAGUAAAAACGUCGUCAGAGUCAAAAAAGGCACAUCUAGAAAAUAAUAUUAAACUUGCUACAAAUAAAACGAUUAAUAAUAUCGAAGCUACGAACAAAAAUACAUUGAUUACUUCAAGAGAUACUUCAGAUAGAAUUGAAUCUGAAAUAAAUGAUGCAACGCACACCACAGAAGAAGUACGAGAUGAAAUUCAAAAGGCACCUAAUUCCAUCGAAUCAAACACGAAAAGUAUAUUAGAUAGUACAAUACCCGACAUCCAAAAAACAGCAAAUAAUAUUGAAAAUGGUAUUGUAAAUACAGCAGAUAAUAUUGAAACGUGCAUUGAAGAUACAUCAAAAAACAUUGAAUCCGGAAUUAAAGAUGCAGUAGAUAAUAUUAAAUCCGCCAUUCAAGAAGCAGAAGAUAAUAUUGAAUCUGGCGCAAAAGAUACUGAAGACAAUAUUGAAUCCGGCAUUCAAAAAUCAGCAGAUAAUAUUGAAUCUGGCGCAAAAGAUACUGCAGACAAUAUUGAAUCCGGUAUUCAAGAAGCAGCAGAUAAUAUUGAAUCCGACAUUCAAGCGGCAGCAGAUAAUAUUGAAUCUGACGUAAAAGAUGCUGUAGAUAAUAUUGAAUCUGGCGCAAAAGAUACUGCAGACAAUAUUGAAUCCGGUAUUCAAGAAGCAGCAGAUAAUAUUGAAUCCGACAUUCAAGCGGCAGCAGAUAAUAUUGAAUCUGACGUAAAAUAUACUGCAGAUAAUAUUGAAUACGGCAUUCAAAAAGCAGAAGAUAAUAUUGAAUCUGGCGUAAAAGAUACUGUAGAUAAUAUUGAAUCCGGCAUUCAAGAAGCAGCAGAUAAUAUUAAAUCCGACAUUCAAGCGGCAGCAGAUAAUAUUGAAUCUGGCGCAAAAGAUACUGCAGACAAUAUUGAAUCCGGCAUUCAAAAAGCAGCAGAUAAUAUUGAAUCUGGCGCAAAAGAUACUGCCGACAAUAUCGAAUCCGGCAUUCAAGCGGCAGCAGAUAAUAUUGAAUCUGACGUAAAAGAUACUGUAGAUAAUAUUGAAUCCGACAUUCAACCGGCAGCAGAUAAUAUUGAAUCUGGCGCAAAAGAUACUGCAGACAUUAUUGAAUCCGGCAUUCAAAAAGCAGCAGAUAAUAUUGAAUCAGGCGCAAAAGAUACUGCCGACAAUAUUGAAUCCGGCAUUCAAGAAGCAGCAGAUAAUAUUGAAUCCGACAUUCAAGCGGCAGCAGAUAAUAUUGAAUCUGGCGCAAAAGAUACUGCAGACAAUAUUGAAUCCGGCAUUCAAAAAGCAGCAGAUAAUAUUGAAUCUGGCGCAAAAGAUACUGCCGACAAUAUUGAAUCCGGCAUUCAAGAAGCAGCAGAUAAUAUUGAAUUCGACAUUCAAGCGGCAGCAGAUAAUAUUGAAUCUGACGUAAAAGAUACUGUAGAUAAUAUUGAAUCCGGCAUUCAAAAAGCAGCAGAUAAUAUUGAAUCUGGCGCAAAAGAUACUACCGACAAUAUUGAAUCCGGCAUUCAAGAAGCAGCAGAUAAUAUUGAAUUCGACAUUCAAGCGGCAGCAGAUAAUAUUGAAUCUGACGUAAAAGAUACUGUAGAUAAUAUUGAAUCCGGCAUUCAAAAAACAGCAGAUAAUAUUGAAUCUGGCGCAAAAGAUACUACCGACAAUAUUGAAUCCGGCAUUCAAGAAGCAGCAGAUAAUAUUGAAUCCGACAUUCAAGCGGCAAUAGAUAAUAUUGAAUCUGACGUAAAAGAUACUGUAGAUAAUAUUGAAUCCGGCAUUCAAGAAGCAGCAGAUAAUAUUAAAUCCGACAUUCCAGUGGCAGCAGAUAAUAUUGAAUCUGGCGCAAAAGAUACUGUAGAUAAUAUUGAAUCCGGCAUUCAAAAAGCAGCAGAUAAUAUUGAAUCUAUCGCAAAAGAUACUGCAGACAAUAUUGAAUCCGGCAUUCAAGAAGCAGCAGAUAAUAUUGAGUCUGACAUUCAAGCGGCAGCCGAUAAUAUUGAAACCGGCAUUCAAGAAGCAGCAGAUGAUAUUAAAUCCGACAUUCAAGCGGCAGCAGAUAAUAUUGAAUCUGGCGCAAAAGAUACUGCAGACAAUAUUGAAACCGGCAUUCAAGAAGCAGCAGAUAAUAUUAAAUCCGACAUUCAAGCGGCAGCAGAUAAUAUUGAAUCUGGCGCAAAAGAUACUGUAGAUAAUAUUGAAUCCGGCAUUCAAGAAGCAGCAGAUAAUAUUAAAUCCGAUAUUCAAGCGGCAGCCGAUAAUAUUGAAUCUGGCGCAAAAGAUACUGUAGAUAAUAUUGAAUCCGGCAUUCAAGAAGCAGCAGAUAAUAUUGAAUAUGGCGUAAAAGAUACUGUAGAUAAUAUUGAAUCCGGAAUUCAAGAAGCAGCAGAUAAUAUUGAAUCUGGCGCAAAAGAUACUGUAGAUAAUAUUGAAUCCGGCAUUCAAAAAGCAGCAGAUAAUAUUGAAUCUAUCGCAAAAGAUACUGCAGACAAUAUUGAAUCCGGCAUUCAAGAAGCAGCAGAUAAUAUUGAGUCUGACAUUCAAGCGGCAGCCGAUAAUAUUGAAACCGGCAUUCAAGAAGCAGCAGAUGAUAUUAAAUCCGACAUUCAAGCGCCAGCAGAUAAUAUUGAAUCUGGCGCAAAAGAUACUGUAGAUAAUAUUGAAUCCGGCAUUCAAGAAGCAGCAGAUAAUAUUGAAUAUGGCGUAAAAGAUACUGUAGAUAAUAUUGAAUCCGGAAUUCAAGAAGCAGCAGAUAAUAUUGAAUCUGGCGCAAAAGAUACUGUAGAUAAUAUUGAAUCCGGCAUUCAAAAAGCAGCAGAUAAUAUUGAAUCUAUCGCAAAAGAUACUGCAGACAAUAUUGAAUCCGGCAUUCAAGAAGCAGCAGAUAAUAUUGAGUCUGACAUUCAAGCGGCAGCCGAUAAUAUUGAAACCGGCAUUCAAGAAGCAGCAGAUGAUAUUAAAUCCGACAUUCAAGCGGCAGCAGAUAAUAUUGAAUCUGGCGCAAAAGAUACUGCAGACAAUAUUGAAACCGGCAUUCAAGAAGCAGCAGAUAAUAUUAAAUCCGACAUUCAAGCGGCAGCAGAUAAUAUUGAAUCUGGCGCAAAAGAUACUGUAGAUAAUAUUGAAUCCGGCAUUCAAGAAGCAGCAGAUAAUAUUAAAUCCGAUAUUCAAGCGGCAGCCGAUAAUAUUGAAUCCGGCAUUCAAGAAGCAGCAGAUAAUAUUGAGUCUGACAUUCAAGCGGCAGCCGAUAAUAUUGAAUCCGGCAUUCAAGAAGCAGCAGAUAAUAUUGAAUCUGGCGCAAAAGAUACUGUAGAUAAUAUUGAAUCCGGCAUUCAAGAAGCAGCAGAUAAUAUUAAAUCCGACAUUCAAGCGGGAGCAGAUAAUAUUGAAUCUGGCGCAAAAGAUACUGUAGAUAAGAUUGAAUCCGGCAUUCAAGAAGCAGCAGAUAAUAUUAAAUCCGACAUUCAAGCGGCAGCAGAUAAUAUUGAAUCUGGCGCAAAAGAUACUGCAGACAAUAUUGAAACCGGCAUUCAAGAAGCAGCAGAUAAUAUUAAAUCCGACAUUCAAGCGGCAGCAGAUAAUAUUGAAUCUGGCGCAAAAGAUACUGCAGACAAUAUUGAAACCGGCAUUCAAGAAGCACCAGAUAAUAUUGAAUCGUACAUUCAAGCGGCACCAGAUAAUAUUGAAUCUGACGUAAAAGAUACUGUAGAUAAUAUUGAAUCCGGCAUUCAAGAAGCAGAAGAUAAUAUUGAAUCUGGCGUAAAAGAUACUGUAAAUAAUAUUGAAGCCGGCAUUCAAGAAGCAGCAGAUAAUAUUGAAACCGGCAUUCAAGAAGCAGCAGAUAAUAUCGAAUCCGGCAUUCAAGCGGCAAAAGAUACUGCAGAUAAUAUUGAAUCUGGCGUAAAAGAUACUGUAGAUAAUAUUGAAACUGGCAUUCAAGAAGCAGCAGAUAAUAUUGAAUCUAGCGUAGAAGAUACUGUAGAUAAUAUUGAAUCCGACAUUCAAGCGGCAGCAGAUAAUAUUGAAUCUGGUGUAAAAGAUACUGUAAAUAAUAUUGAAUCCGGCAUUCAAGAAGCAGCAGAUAAUAUUGAAACCGGCAUUCAAGAAGCAGCAGAUAAUAUUGAAUUCGGCAUUCAAGAAGCUGCAGAUAAUAUUGAAUCCGGCAUUCAAGCGGCAAAGAAUACUACAGAUAAUAUUGAAUCUGGCGUAAAAGAUACUGUAGAUAAUAUCGAAUCCGGAAUUCAAGAAGCAGCAGAUAAUAAUGAAUCUGGCGUAAAAGAUACUGUAGAUAAUAUUGAAUCCGGCAUUCAAGAAGCAGCAGAUGAUAUUGAAUCCGGCAUUCAAGCGGCAAAAGAUACUGCAGAUAAUAUUGAAUCUGGCAUUCAAGAAGCAGCAGAUAAUAUUGAAUGUGGCGUAAAAGAUGCUGUAGAUAAUAUUGAAUCCGGCAUUCAAGAUGCAGCAGAUACUGUAGAUAAUAUUGAAUCUGGCAUUCAAGAUGCAGCAGAUAAUAUUGAAUCUGGCGUAAAAAAUACUGUAGAUAAUAUUGAAUCCGGAAUUCAAGAAGCAGCAGAUAAUAUUGAAUCUGGCGUAAAAGAUGCUGUAGAUAAUAUUGAAUCCGGCAUUCAAGAUGCAGCAGAUAAUAUUGAAUCUGGCGUAAAAGAUACUGUAGAUAAUAUUGAAUCUGGCAUUCAAGAUGCAGCAGAUAAUAUUGAAUCUGGCGUAAAAGAUACUGUAGAUAAUAUUGAAUCCGGAAUUCAAGGAGCAGCAGAUAAUAUUGAAUCUGGCGUAAAAGAUACUGUAGAUAAUAUUGAAUCCGGCAUUCAAGAAGCAGCAGAUGAUAUUGAAUCUGGCGUAAAAGAUGCUGUAGAUAAUAUUGAAUCCGGCAUUCAAGAUGCAGCAGAUACUGUAGAUAAUAUUGAAUCUGGCAUUCAAGAUGCAGCAGAUAAUAUUGAAUCUGGCGUAAAAAAUACUGUAGAUAAUAUUGAAUCCGGAAUUCAAGAAGCAGCAGAUAAUAUUGAAUCUGGCGUAAAAGAUACUGUAGAUAAUAUUGAAUCCGGCAUUCAAGAUGCAGCAGAUAAUAUUGAAUCUGGCGUAAAAGAUACUGUAGAUAAUAUUGAAUCUGGCAUUCAAGAUGCAGCAGAUAAUAUUGAAUCUGGCGUAAAAGAUACUGUAGAUAAUAUUGAAUCCGGAAUUCAAGAAGCAGCAGAUAAUAUUGAAUCUGGCGUAAAAGAUACUGUGGAUAAUAUUGAAUCCGGCAUUCAAGAAGCAGCAGAUGAUAUUGAAUCCGGCAUUCAAGCGGCAAAAGAUACUGCAGAUAAUAUUGAAUCUGGCGUAAAAGAUACUGCAGAUAAAAUUGAAACUGGCAUUCAAGAAGCAGCAGAUAAUAUUGAAUAUGGCGUAAAAGAUACUGUAGAUAAUAUUGAAUCCGGAAUUGAAGAAGCAGCAGAUAAUAUUGAAUCUGGCGUAAAAGAUACUGUUGAUAAUAUUGAAACCGGCAUUCAAGAAGCAGCAGAUGAUAUUGAAUCCGGCAUUCAAGCGGCAAAAGAUACUGCAGAUAAUAUUGAAUCUGGCGUAAAAGAUACUGCAGAUAAUAUUGAAACUGGCAUUCAAGAAGCAGCAGAUAAUAUUGAAUCUGGCGUAAAAAAUACUGUAGAUAAUAUUGAAUCCGGAAUUCAAGAAGCAGCAGAUAACAUUGAAUCUGGCGUAAAAGAUACUGCAGAUAAUAUCGAAUCCGGAAUUCAAGAAGCAGCAGAUAAUAUUGAAUUUGGCGUAAAAGAUACUGCAGAUAAUAUUGAAUCCGGCAUUCAAGAUGCAGCAGAUAAUAUUGAAUCUGGCGUAAAAGAUACUGUAGAUAAUAUUGAAUCCGGAAUUGAAGAAGCAGCAGAUAAUAUUGAAUCUGGCGUAAAAGAUACUGUAGAUAAUAUUGAAACCGGCAUUCAAGAAGCAGCAGAUGAUAUUGAAUCCGGCAUUCAAGCGGCAAAAGAUACUGCAGAUAAUAUUGAAUCUGGCGUAAAAGAUACUGCAGAUAAUAUUGAAACUGGCAUUCAAGAAGCAGCAGAUAAUAUUGAAUCUAGCGUAAAAAAUACUGUAGAUAAUAUUGAAUCCGGAAUUCAAGAAGCAGCAGAUAACAUUGAAUCUGGCGUAAAAGAUACUGCAGAUAAUAUCGAAUCCGGAAUUCAAGAAGCAGCAGAUAACAUUGAAUUUGGCGUAAAAGAUACUGCAGAUAAUAUUGAAUCCGGCAUUCAAGAUGCAGCAGAUAAUAUUGAAUCUGGCGUAAAAGAUACUGUAGAUAAUAUUGAAUAUGGAAUUCAAGAAGCAGCAGAUGAUAUUGAAUCCGGCAUUAAAGCGGCAAAAGAUACUGCAGAUAAUAUUGAAUAUGACGUAAAAGAUACUGUAGAUAAUAUUGAAUCCGGAAUUCAAGAAGCAGCAGAUAAUAUUGAAUCUGGCGUAAAAGAUACUGCAGAUAAUAUUGAAUCCGGAAUUCAAGAAGCAGCAGAUAAUAUUGAAUCUGGCGUAAAAGAUACUGUAAAUAAUAUUGAAUCCGGAAUUCAAGAUGCAGCAGAUAAUAUUGAAUCUGGCGUAAAAGAUACUGUAGAUAAUAUUGGAUCCGGCAUUCAAGAAGCAGCAGAUGAUAUUGAAUCCGACGUAAAAGAUACUGUAGAUAAUUUUGAAUCUACCGUUCAAGAUGCAGCGGGGAAUGUUGAAUCGGACAUUAAAAGUAUUAUAAAUAAUAUUGAAAUGGGCGUUCAAGAAGAAGAAGAUAAUAUGGAAUCUGACGUUAGAGAUUUAGCAAUUAAUAUUGAAUCCGACAGUAAACGUGCACAUUCGGAAAGACCAACAGAAGUCGAAAUGAAAGAAUCUGAUAUUAAAUUUGAUUCCAUUUCAUCGGAUGUAACUGAUUCUGCCGACUCUCAGGUUACUGUGAUUGAAAAUGAUUCUGCAAAUAAUUUUCUUAAUGAGAAUAAAUUGUUGGAAUCUGGUGAAAAUACUUCUGAAAGUGAAAUGAUGUCUUUAAUAAACGAAACAAGCAAAAUAGAUUCAAAUCCAAAUAAUGAUUUUGAAAUGAUUAAUUCCGUAGAAGACAGAAGUGCCAUGGAAAAUGAUAAUGAAUUUGAUUCAGAGUUCAAAAAUGAAACAUCACCAAAUGAGCAAUUUUCCAGAGAAGCUCAGGCUACAACACGCACAAGUGUCCGAAGUAUGUUUAAUAAUAUGAAUAGACCAGCAAAUAUAUUAUCGGCAUUGAGUGCAAAGCAGAAUAUGUCCAAAAAUAUUCAAGAUAAACUUUAUUCGAAGCGAACUAAAGAAGUCGCAGAUGAUAUCAGCGGCAUCAAUAUUAAAAAUGUAGUCUCGACAAGAGCUCGACAUAUGACAUAUAAACAAGAUACUAUUACAGACAAUAAAACUAAGUUUGUUGAGAAAACAUCAAUAAAGAAAAACGCUUCGUCAAGAACUGAAUCUAAAACAACUACAAUUAAAUCUAGCAAAGUCGUAAACACCAAACAAAGUUUUGAGUCAAGUACAAAAGCAAGUAUAACAAAAUCGCGUAAUAAAUCUGUUUUGGAAAAAACUAAUUUAUCUGUUCGCGCUACAAAUAAACCACUGAAUAUCAAAAAUGCUUCGACUGAACAACCUGUUCAUAAACCUACUAAAAGAAAUAUGGAAAGCUUAGCGAAAAGUGAUUCUAAAGAAAAAUCAAAAAGUCAAGUGAAACAGAAUACCUUACAGAACAAGUUGAAUGUAAGACCAAAAAGGAGCAUUAGCGUUGAUACAGGCAAUAACAAAGCUUCUAAAAGAGAUUAUGAAGCAAAACCAUCGAAUAAAAUUAAUGAAACAUUUAUUAUUAAAAAGACUUCCAAGCCAACUGUGAAACCAGCAUCAAUGGAUCAAACUGAAGAAAGUUUAAUAAAAGUACCAACACAUAAGGCUAAAGGAGUUGAAGAUAUGAAAUUUAUGGAUAAAUCGAUUACCGAUGAAAAUUUAUUAGUCAAUGGUUUUACUGAUAGUGAAAAGGAUACAGCAGAUCAAAAAUUUGAUUUAGAAUCCAAUGAGUUGGAAACCUCUGAAAAAGAAUUUUCUGAUACAACAAAAAAUAAAUCCCAAACAUCAGAUGAGCAAAUUAUGAAAAUGGAACCAAAUGAAAAUUUAGUUGACAAAAAUUCUUUGGAUAAACAAUUGACUAUCGAAGAACCUAUUUUCAUUCAAACGCGUGUUGGAAUCAAAAAUGAUAAUAAAGACAACAUUGACGAAGUCAUAGAUAGAGAGAAAACAUUAGAAAAUUUUAUAGAUAUAUUAAAUACAGGUGAGACGUUUGAUAAAUCUAAUAAACAUUCUCAUAAUAUAAAUGCAGAUGAUAGUAUAAAUUCAAACAUAACAAAUACAGAUAUGGUAACAAAUAACUCUACUACAGAAAAUGAUUAUAACAUAGAACCUGAAUGUAUAUCAGUGAAAGUAAAUGAGGGAAACAAAAUAUCAGAUGGGGUUGAUCAAAUUCUAAAAGAUGAACAAGGAAAUAUAAUUGAGCGAGAUGUAGCUUUAGCAAAGAUUGCUCAAGUUUUAGAUUUACCGAAUACAAGUGAUAAUGAAGAUUUGAAAACUGUUGAUACCAAAGAAAAUCUUGUUUUAGAUAAAGAAAGAUCUAUAACUGAUAAAAAUAUCACUGAGAACAAAGGUGAAGCAAACACUGAUUUAGAUCAAAAUUGUUCAGUCAACGACGAUGAGAAAGAAACAACAGCCAUAGAAACUAAUUCUGAAGAUUUACCAUUUAUUAACACUAAAAAUCAAGCAGUUGAACAAACUGUUUUUAAUAAUUCUAUGCCAGGUCAGCAUGAUACAGUAGAAGAUGCAAACCUAACUAUAAGUAAAAGUUUUAAAGAGAUAUUAGAAUUAACCAUGAAGUUUCUUUCAAAUGAACAAAUUUAUUACCAAAAUUCUCUUAAUACUUUCAUAGAAAAACCGCAAGUUGCAAAGGUAGUUCUAAAUGAAAUUGAAUCCGAAGCGAAUGCUAUGGAAUCCGAAAAUGUCGACACGGUUUCUAAAUUACCCAUUGAUGAUACAAUUGAAAAAAUCGAUGAAGAAAAGUUGAAGGAUGAUGAAGACAAUGAUCUAGCUUCCAAUAUCUCUGAUAAAAAUAAAACCGACAAUGAUAUCAUUGAUACCAAAUCUGAAAGUUCAGAAACACCACAAAUUUUCAUGGAUGAAAAAGAGCAAGAUUCAAAUUCCACAUCAAAGAUUCCUGAUCAGAAUAACGUGGAAAGUACCGAAAAUUUGCCAAUAGAGGAAUAUAAUCUAAAGCAGCAUGAGUUAAAAAUUGCAGGUGCCAAAAGUGAUAUCGAAACUAUAUCAGGAAAUGUAGUACAAAAUAAAAAUGAUCCUUUGUUUACUAAAUUUACUCAAGAUUUUCUUCUAAAUGAACGAAAGUUAUAUGAAGACUCAAAACAAAAUCAACAUAUUGAUUUUGAAAGUAAUAAAGAUAUUGAGAAAGAAAAUGAAACGUUGGUAAGUGAAAAUGUUAUGACAAGUGAUGAUUCAAAAGCAUUAAUUGAAGAAUCGACCACAAACAAUCAGGUAGAACAGGCGGAAUCUGCUCUUGUACAAAAAACUUAUGUUAACUCUGGCGUUAGUAAUGAUGAGGACAAAAAUACAUUGCAAAAGUUAUAUGAAGACUCGAAACAAAAUCAUCAUAUCAAUUUUGAAAGUAAUAAAAAAGAUAUUGAAAAAGAAAAUGCAACUUUGAUAAGUAAAAAUGUUAUUACAAAUGAUGAUGAUUCAAAAUCAAUGAUUGAAGAAUCGACCACGAACGAUCAGGUAGAACCAGUUGAAACUCUUGAAAAAAAAGCUGAUGUUAACUCUGACCAUAGUAACGAUGAGUACAAAAAUAUAUUGGAUAACGAUAUAACAAGCAAUAAGAAUGAUGAAGAUGAAAUGACUAUAAGUUCUGAUGAAAAAACGAACAGUCAAAAUUAUAUUGAAACAUCAAGAUGUAACCAUCACCACCACCACCACCACGAAAACGGAUACUCAUAUGAAGAUUCAGGCGAUAUGUCGUCUUUGGAUUCAGAAAAUUGGGAUGUCAUCACAAAAACAAUUGUAACAAUCGAGGAAAUUGAUGAUACAGAUUCUGAAUGUGAUUUCAAUAAUAGCCAAUCUAGUGAAGAAAGAUAUGAAACAAGAGAUUUUGUGUUUGAUAAGCAGAAUGUAAAGCAAGAAAAUAAAUCUACCCCCAAGAAAGAUGUACCUGUUCCUUAUAUGGUUACAAAUUACAUCAAUAACAUGGCGGCUAUAGUGACUCAUAUACAUGAUAUAGACCCUGAAAAAAUCAGUGAAGUGAAAUUUAAAUUAAAAAUGAAUUCGAUUUCAGCAACGCCUCUGUCUGAAAACCCUGAAGAGGCAAAUGUGGACGACGAUCCCAAUCGGGAUCGUGGUAUUUAUAUUCCUUUAAGAGAUUACACCGACGAAUCAUCUGGUGACACUGACGAUAAUGAAGUACAUAAAAUAGAAAAUAGCGCGGAGGUCGCUGCUGACACCGGAUUUUCAGAAAAGAAACCGGAAGCAUCAAUGUUGCCUGUGAAGGACGAAAAUGAGCCAAAUGUUACUGUAGUCACUAUUGAGAACUUAACAGACGGUACGUUAACUGUCGACUUUAAAUCUUAA